AAAUGUCAAAAUCUGUAUAAUUAUGCGAAUUUACGGAUUACGGUGUGCCAGAAAGUUAAUUAAACGCGAUUAGACAAAAGAAAACAAACAAAAAUCUCAAAAAUAUAUCAAAAAUGCCAAAGAAAAUGGGAACUAAUUCGAAGGCAGUGGAGGCCCGCGAACGCAAGCAGGCUGUGAAACAAGCCAAUAAUGAACGGGCAGUGAAGGAGGCUGAGGAUCGACUCUGGCAGGACAAUGAUCGAAGUCUAGCUAAGAAGCAACAGCGUCGUGAGGAGGAGGAAAAGAAGCGUGCUGAAGCUUUGCGACGAAAGGCGGAAGCAAAGGCGUUACUUGAUCAAGAAAUGUCUUCAAUUAAGACACAAGGUAAACAGCCGCUGGCAAAGAUUCAUCGUCAACAAAUCUUGGAAGAGAUGGAAAAGAAACAACGUGUUAUCGAAGCCAUAAACGCAGCUAAGCCACAGGCGGGAGCACGCAUAGUAUUACCAGAGCCAGUCAUCGAAGAAAACUUGAAUCGAUCUAUGGCGGACGUAGAGAUAGCGACAAAUGUCGAUCAAGCUUUGGCAGCUUUAAGUGUAAAAGACGACGAGGAAGACAAGCAUCCUGAGAAGCGAAUGCGUGCAGCUUAUCGAGCAUUUGAAGCAGCUAAUCUCCCGCGUAUUAAAGCGGAGAACCCAUCGCUAAGGAUGACACAAUGGAAGCAAUUACUAAUGAAAGAAUGGAAUAAAUCACCAGAAAAUCCAUUCAACCAAGCACGCUGAUAUGUUUCCAUUCGCCAUUGGUAUUGUGAUCAACCGACUGAUUUACUGGAUCUGAGUUUGGAACAUAAUCGUUUGCUCGCGGCUAUCCCAAGUGCUGUUCUUAUAAUUUUAAUUGCUUGCACAUAUUCUGUAUAGUGUGCAUACAUAUUCGUAUAUACAGUUUAUUAUAAAUCUUUUAUUAUUUAGUAGAAAUAUUUAAUGAUACGCAUAUUAUGGUUUAAACAAAGAUAAAAGGUAUGCAUUUUGGUUAUUCGAAAAAAUCUUAAUACCAAACUUGCUCUAGUCUCAGAAAUUUUUAUUUGAUUUUUAACGAUAAAUUACUAGUAAUAGUUUCCUCAAUAGUUUGGGCCGUGUUAUAGAUUUAGGUACGAUCAAGAAUUGUCACUCAAUCGACAGUUACAAAAAGUUAACUAAUUUCAAGUAAUCCCUACUUAUUUUCUUAAUGUUAAACAGUAACUUUGUUUAAGUACAAUGUUUAAAUUAAUAAACAAUCUUAAUGAAGGUAGAAUUGAAGCAUACG